UUUAGCUUCCAUUGCCUUUAACUCUCUCUUCUUUGAAAUUUCUUCAAUGGAACCCCAAUCAUCAGAGUAUACCAGAGAUGGCACUAUCGACUUUCGUGGUCGUCCUGCGCUUUCAUCUAAGACAGGCAAAUGGAGGGCUUGCGCUUUCCUCGUUGGCUACGAAGCAUUUGAAAGGAUGGCUUUCUAUGGAGUUGCUUCCAACUUGGUCAUUUAUCUCACAACCCAACUCCAUGAAGACACUGUCUCAUCUGUGAGGAACGUGAAUAACUGGUCAGGAUCUGUGUGGAUAACACCGAUUUUUGGUGCCUUCAUAGCAGAUUUCUACUUGGGUCGCUUCUGGACUUUCACUCUGUCGUCUCUCAUUUAUGUCUUGGGAAUGACUCUUCUGACUGUAGCUGUAUCCCUCAAGAGCUUGAGGCCAAACUGCACCAGUGGAGUCUGCGACAAGGCUUCUCCUUCACAGAUUGCAUUCUUUUACUCAGCACUCUACAUAAUAUCAAUUGGGGCUGGUGGGACAAAACCAAACAUUUCAACUUUUGGUGCUGAUCAGUUUGAUGAUUUUAAUCCCAGUGAGAAAGAACUCAAGGCCUCAUUCUUCAACUGGUGGAUGUUCACCACGUUCCUGGGAGCUUUGAGCGCCACAGCAGGCCUCGUUUAUGUGCAAGAAAACUUGGGAUGGGGCCUAGGCUAUGGUAUCCCAACUGUUGGUCUAUUAUUAUCCCUGCUGAUAUUUUACGCAGGGACCCCAACGUAUCGCCACAAAGCCAGGACAACCAAGAGUCCUCUCAGAGGCAUAAUUCAAGUCCCUAUUGCUGCGUUCAGAAACAGAAAACUCAAGCUCCCUAAUGACCCCUCAAAGCUUCAUGAGCAUGAGAUUCAACAUUACAUUAGCAGUGGAAAACGCCAAGUCUAUCACACUCCUUUUCUGAGGUUCCUGGACAAGGCUGCAAUAAAAGAAGGCUGCACAAGUUCCUCAAGUACGCCCUUGACAGUGACUCAGGUAGAAGAAACCAAGCUUAUCUGUGGAAUGAUGCUCAUAUGGCUGGUGACACUAAUUCCCAGCACCAUUUGGGCACAAAUCAACACUCUUUUCGUUAAACAAGGAACCACCUUGAACAGAAACCUGGGUCCUGACUUCAAAAUCCCAGCAGCCUCGCUUGGGAGCUUCGUGACUCUGUCUAUGCUCCUCUCUGUGCCAAUGUAUGAUCGCUUCUUCGUGCCGUUCAUGCGCCAGAGAACAGGAAAUCCCAGAGGGAUCACACUGCUUCAAAGGCUGGGUAUUGGGUUUGCGAUCCAAAUCAUAGCCAUCGCAAUUGCAUACGCCAUUGAAGUUAAGAGAAUGCGCGUCAUAUCCUCACAUGGGUUGGAAGGACCAAAAGACAUAGUCCCUAUGAGCAUUUUCUGGCUUUUGCCUCAGUACGUUCUGAUUGGAAUUGCAGAUGUGUUCAAUGCCAUAGGGUUGCUAGAGUUCUUCUAUGAUCAAUCCCCAGAUGAGUUGCAGAGCCUAGGCACAACGUUCUUCACAAGUGGGAUCGGUGUUGGGAAUUUCUUGAACAGCUUUUUGGUGACCAUGGCUGCCAAGAUUACAGGAACUGGUGGGAGGAAGAGCUGGAUCGGAGACAACUUGAAUAAUUGCCACUUGGAUUACUACUAUGGGUUUCUGUUGGUGAUAUCAAUUGCCAACUUAGUGGCGUUUCUUUGGGCAUCAAGUAGGUACGUUUACAAGAGGGAGCCAGUACAGGUGAACGAGAUUAAUCAUCAGCGUGUGCUUCAGAUGAAAAGCAAACCAACUUUGGAUGAAUUGCUAGAACUAAAAGUGUGAACAAUUUAAGACUUGUCAUGUAUUUUGAAAACACUAGAAGGAACGUACUUUACAUGUUGUUGUGGACUUGUGGUUUAAGAACAGGGGUGCAAGGUAACUUUGAAAUGUCGAAACACACAGAGGUGUGAAGACCAUUAUAGAUAUUCAGGCCCCAAAUAAAAAAAAACAAAGAAAGAAGAAGACCCUUAUAGAUAUAUGGAUGUACGUUUUAAAUGGCCUGUUAAUCUUUCAGCCCAUUUAAAUUUUGAUGAUGUGGCCUGUGAAGACCUUAUCGAAUAUUUGUGGUCGAGAAAUAAUCAAUCAAAUGUCCAAUAUUUUACAGUUAUCUUAUUGGUAGUAUGCAAAUUAAAUCUAAGUCUACAGAGAGAAUUAAGCAAUGAAGUAAUGUAUUACUAGCAAA